AGUAUCUUUUUUUUUUGUGAAGAGAUUUGAGGCACCAUGCAAAACGGCUUUAUUUUUUCUUCUGAUUAUUUGGAACUCAUCCCCUUUCUCCUCAGAACAUUCAGCCACAAAUCACCUUCAAUUCUCACUGGGAUGUCAAGCUGUGAUACCCUGUCAAGAUUACAGAAGUGAUUUAAACGCUUUAACAUGGAAUUACAAGAAAGAUGAACAUCAUCAACCAAUCCUGAUAUAUUUUCAAGAUAAAAAUGGAAUACAACACCAUCAGCAACUCUUCCGCUCCAGAAUGAAGGUGUCCCGCAAUGGUUCCUUGGUCAUUGAUCAUUUCACAGAGGAUGAUCAAGGCCUUUACUCGUGUGAGAAACCGUAUAGUGACACAGUCAUCACCGUGAAGAAAGAAAUUCUGAAAGAAACUGGUAAGACAGUCUACGUUAUUGCAGGCAGAGAUUUUACUCAUGCAUGUCCGGGUGAAUUGAUUAACUUAAAAUGGACAUUUAAAGCAAGUAACAUGACAUCAGAAUUAGACUUUGUGACUUCCAACAAGUCUAUACACAUUGUAAAUGUCAAAAGAGCAGAUGCUGGGAAAUAUACCUGCUGGAAAAGUGGAUGUAAUGGACACAGGCAGAAACUGCUUACAAUCAACUUGUGUGUAAUAACAGUACACCACGGUGAUGAUUCCUUUGUUUCUUGUACUGUGAUGUGUGACAUGGAAUUCAGUAACAUCAAACCAAACAGCACACUUUAUUUGGAGACAGGCACAAGGACAAUGCUUGUAGAUACAAAUGGAAUAAAUUGCAGUGCAAAGCAGAUGUCUGAUGGAUGCAGUUCAGUUAACAGCACUCAUGGACCAUCAAAUGCUUUAAACAUAACAACAGAUAUACCCACAGAGCUUGAAUAUCUGAUUCCAGUUGUUUAUGGAACAUCGGCAGCCCUUACAUGUCUUAUUUUAAUGGCACUUUUAAUUUGCCACCUCAGACAAAGAUUGUGGGCAGCGUUUCCUGUUCACCCUUGUUGCUGGGGCUUGAAUAGCAGGGUGGAAGAGGAGACUUCAGUGGUUUAUUCAUCAGUUGUCAUCAGGAAACCUGCUAAGACAACAAACAACCAUAUGAGCUGUGACAGUAGUUGUGUGUAUAGUGAAAUAAAAGUACAGAGAACGAUUCCAUAAAUGCUACUGUUAUAAUGAUAGCUCACAUAGUCUUUCACGAGAAAAAGUGUUUGCAACUUCACCCAUGCGGUUCUAAAGGGGAUUUUUGAAGCUUUGGGUCGGAUUAGGAAGUUUCCUAACUGGGUGAAAUGAUCCAAGCGGCACCUGUGGGAGCGGGUUGUAUUCUCUACACAAUAAAAAUGUAAUGUAUAUUUACUGAUAUUGUAGCUGCAGCGCAUACAGAGGUUGAAAAGAAAGAAUACUCAUAUAUUUAUGCACGUACUGUAUGUACAUUUAUGGGAUAUUAUACUUUACUUGAGUAUUUACGUGCAUUGGCCAGGGAGAUAUAUUGUACCCUUUAACUCACUACAUUAAUUUGACAAGCAUAGUCACCUUGAAGAUUAAACAUGAUUAAAACAUAGAUUAGCUUGUUCAAAUCAUCUCCACCUCGACCAGCUACAACAAUUAUUGUGGCUUGCACGUUAAUCAUUCCAUGUCCUGUCACUGCAAGCGUCUCAUGCUUAUAUCCCUUAGUACAUUCAUGUGGAUUUUUAAUUUAUAAUUUUAUUUAGUAUUUUUUC